AUGAAACAAACAUCAAUCUAUAAACCUAGUUGUGUGUUUUUGUUCAAUUCAGGAAUGAAUGUCGGUUUACGCAGUUUGUACUUCAUUUUCAUUUCGAUGGCAUUCAUGCUAAUGAAAUGCAGAUGUAUUCAUCACAGUCACAGUUACGGCCACAGCAUGCAUAAUAGAAGGUGGCAUCACAGAGACCUAAGAGGAUGGAGACAUCCUGUGGUCGAAAGGAAUGCUUAUGCGUAUAGAAGACGAACACCGGCGUACAAUGGUAGAGAGAUGAUAACAUUAGAGGAACUAAGGAAGCCUAAUGUUCCAAUAAUUGUUCCUUAUGAAGUAACCCCCAAGCAGGUACUGACCCUUCUAAGACAUUAA